CUUUUCUGUGACGUCGAAUGGCCUCGUUCGAAAAGGGAAGGUAGUUCUGAAAUAUGCGUCCGCCGACCGUAAAAUAUAUUAUUCCCCUGAUUGAGCUUAAUUUUUGACAACAGCGCAGAUUGGUUUGUUAACCGCGUAAGCAGUUAAAGCAAAGAAUAUGUAUUCACUUUCUUUGGUUAAGGCGAAGUUGUCAUCUCACCUGUUAACUUUUGAGAACGCAAAGCAUUUUUCACUUCAUUGCAUACAGUUCUUAUCAGAGCAAAAAAAUCAUGGCGCUUUUUGAAUGUAAGGUUUGCAGAAAGUCAUUUAGACAAAUGCGUGAACAAUCCACCGCUUGAAAUGGGUGUGAAGUGAAAAGCUGAUGGCAAAUAACUUGGCGAAUAACUUAUACGACAACAAAAAUCAUAACGGCUUCUAUUCUUACUCUUGUACGCCAUGAAUAUUUCCUGACAACGUUUUUUGUAGUUUUAAAAUCGUUUAAUCUCUUUUCUACGUAAUUUGAAGCGAUGAAUGGAAGUGCUAGGGUGAGAAAUCAUGUUAAUGGCAAAUAUAACAAACCUAUGUUUCAUGAAGUGUGUGCGUAUGUUGUGGUUUUAAACUCCUUAUGCUUAUUCACACAAGAGAAAAACCUUAUGUAUGCCGUGUGUACCAAUUCAUUUUGACUAAAGGUGUAGACAUUUAAAUGAUCAUAUAAGUAUUGACAGGAAAAAAACUUCCUGUGUGAGGUAUGUAGCAAGUCAUUUAGUCAAUACGGUUCUUUAGAACAAACAUCUCAGCAGAAAAAACUCCCGUGUAAGGUACCUAAGAAUUCAUUUGGAAGAAAGAGCAUUUUAAACAUACACAUGUCUACUCACGCAGGAAAGGAAUUUGGUGUCUGUGUAGUAUGUAACAAGACAUUUACUCAAAAACGUAAUUUAAACAACCAUAUACUUAUUCACACAGGAGAGAAACCUCAUGUUUGUGCGAUAUGUAAUAAGUCAUUUACUCAGAAAGCUCAUUUAAAUAGACAUGUACUUAUUCAUACAGGAAAGAAACCUCAUCUGUGUAAGGUGUGCAACAAGUCAUUUACUGAAAAUACUCAAUUAAAUGAACAUAUACUUAUUCACACAGGAGAGAAACCUCAUGUGUGUGAAGUAUGUAAUAAGUCAUUUAGACGGAAAAGUGAUUUAAAAAGCCAUAUGCUUGUUCACACAACCACGCGCUUAUUUACACAUGUUUGUGGGAUAUGUAAUAAGUCAUUUGCUCAAAAAGCUUAUUUAAACAGACAUAUACUUCCUCAUACAGGAAUAAAGCAUCAUGUGUGUGAGGUAUGCAACAAGGCAUUUUGUCAGAAAGUACAAUUAAAUGAACAUAUGCUUAUUCACACAGGAGAGAAACCUCAUGUGUGUGAGGUAUGUAACAAGUCAUUUAGGCAAAAGAGUAAUUUAAAAAGCCAUAUGCUUAUUCACACAGGAGAGGAACCUUAUGUAUGUGAGGUAUGUAACAAGUCAUUUGUUCGAAAGCAUUGUUUAAACGGCCAUAUACUUUCUCACACAGGAGAGAAACCUCAUGUGUGUGAGAUAUGUAAUAAGUCAUUUAGGUGGAAGGAUAAUUUAAAAUGCCAUAUGUUUAUUCACACAGGAAAGAAACCUUAUGUGUGCGAGGUAUGUAGCAAGUCAUUUGUUCAAAAGCAGCGUUUAAAUUACCAUAUGCUAAUUCACAGUGGAGAGAAACCUCAUGUGUGUGAGUUUUGUAAUAAGUCAUUUGCUUACAAAUAUACUUUAAACAACCAUAUACUUAUUCACACUGGAAAGAAACCUUAUGUUUGUGAGGUAUGUAAUAAGUCAUUUACUCAAAAAGGUCAUUUAAGCAAACAUAUACUUAUUCAUACAGGAAAGAAAGAUCAUGUGUGUGAGAUAUGUAAUAAGUCAUUUAGGCAGAAGGAUUAUUUAAAAGGCCAUAUGUUUAUUCAUACAGGAGAGAAACCUCAUGUGUGUAAGGUAUGCAACAAGUCAUUUGUUCGAAAGAGUCGUUUAAAUGGCCAUAUGCUAAAUCACACAUGAGAGAAACCUCAUGUGUGGAAGAUAGGUAAUAAGUUAUUUACUCAAAAAUCUAAUUUAAAAAAGCAUAUACUUUUUGGCACUCCAUGUGAUUAGUUGGAUGAUAAAAAAAUUGGAAGACUCAUGUGUACUGAUAAUAGAAGGCUAGUGUCUUUAAUGGAAAAGUUUGUUUUAUAAGAACCUUUACUUACCUGUGCAAUAAUGAUUUGUCCAUGCUAUGAAGCAAUGUCUGUGUAUGAGGCAGUUUAACUUGUCAUUUCAUCUCGAUUCUUAAUAAAUCAUUUAUUUGUUUCAACAAGAGAAAAACUAUAUGUUUGCGAGAUAAGUCAGAAGUCAUUUUAAAGUAUUCUUGAUUUAAAGCAACAUUUCUUAUGCUUAGUAUUUAAUUAGUACUGAAAGUUUAAAACAGCAGGUUUUGAACAAUGAAAAAUUGGACACUGAUUAUACUGUUUUAAAUCGGGAAAUUUUUAAUGUGAUAUGAAUUGUUAGAAAGGUUGGAAAUAUUGAACAUAAAAUAUGAAUGAAAAUUUCGUUCACAUUUUACAUUGUAAUCCAGUUUUCAUUGCAUUUUUGUAAAAUGUACAUAAUGUGAAAUAUAUCCUUUUGUGGUUUUUUUAGUAUUGUAGGACCUAAAUAUUUCUUUCUCAUUAGCCUUUGGAACUCUCCUUUUUAAUGCUGAGAAUACUUAGAAUUUAGAUUUUUGAAAGCUUAUGUGUUGAGUAUCAUCUGUCUAAAAUAUUUUGAGCUAUUUUCUUGAUGCCACUGUGCAGCUUGUAGUGUCUUUGAAAGAAAGUGAAAUUUCUUGAGGAAGUAAGCUUUUUUCUAGUAAUUACGUGUUAAUGCAGCCACCUUAAUACAAAUUGCCAUAUUUUCAAUAUUUGCCAAACUCUGGCAACCAUGCACAUAACCCUUCUUCUAGCAACUAUGCUUAUAAUAAUCUUUUAAUAAAGCAACUCUACCAUUUUGUGUUUUUUUUUUUUUUUUUUUUUUUUUUUUUCAGUUGAAGUCUAACAGUUUUUUUUUAAACAAAUGGGGAUAUUUUUUGCUACAAGUUAGUUUUAAAGUAUGGCCUUUCAGGAUUUAUAAGCAAUGGAAUAUAAAACUGUAAACACAGAAUUAUACUGAAAAUUUUCUAAAUGGAACAAUAUGGGUAUUUCUUUCCUCGAUAGCUGAGUUCUGAAUGAACUCAAUUCUGAGUAAUUCUCCCCUUUUUCUUUUAGGCAAAAGCAGAUCACUGUCUACUUGAAGAAUAGAAAAACACAAAAUAAUAACAAAGUUUUGAAAAAGAAUUAGUUGUAUUUUUUUAACGCAAUACUUAAUCCUUAUUUAAUAAUUCAAAUGUGGGUAAAAAUUUACUGUAAUGCACCUCUUUGGUGAAUCAGUGCCAGGAAGGAUCAACACCAAUUUCAAGAUGGUCACUACACAAAAUAAAAAUAAGAAGUCAAAGACAAACUAGGUGUCCAUGUAACACAUCAACUUCUUUUAACUUAAAAAAAGUAUAAUAAUAAGAUAAUUCCACAUACUAUUCAUGGCGUGCUGCCUUAACUUUGUUCAUGUACACAUCGAUCAAUUUUUACUUAAAAAAAAUCAGGAUGCUAAAACAAAGUUAAAACUAUCAUGGUAACCAGAAAAAAAAUUUGCCACUGUUUUAACACAAAGAGAGGAACAAAUAACCAAAAAUACACAAACAGUUAGUUGGAUUAGUUGGAUGAUAAAAAUUGGAAGAAUCAUGUGUACUGAUAAUAGAAAUAAAUAACCAAAAAUACAUAUUUCCUAACGUAAAAACAUUAACAACAAAUCUUUUAACAAAAAUUAACACAGAGACGAAUGCGUAAAUGAAAUGUCAAUUUUUUAACAUACAUUUUUUUUAAUUGUGCAUACAUUAAGCUUGCAUAUACAUGCACAUUUUUGUGGCCUACGAAAACAAAUUAUUUUAGGGGUUGGAAACCGCAUUGUUCUGCGUGCUUACAGCUGUUAAUAAUUAAGAACAUAACGUGAACAGCUGUGUUACAAAUUAGCAUUCACCCCUCCCGCCAUGUUUUCUUCCUUUCAUCCCGAACCGAGAACCGGCAUCUAUC